AAUCCAUUAAAAGAGCCAGUAAAUCUUGUGGAAAAUGGCCUUCAGUGAUCUUACAUCGAGGACUGUGCGUUUUUAUGAUAAUUUUAUCAAAGAUGCUGAUCCAAGAGUUGAAGAUUGGCUCCUCAUGUCCUCGCCUCUGCCACAAACCAUCAUCCUGGGACUCUAUGUCUAUUUUGUCACUUCUCUGGGACCAAAGCUCAUGGAGAAUCGAAAACCCUUUGAACUCAAGAAAGUGAUGAUAACGUACAAUUUUUGCAUAGUACUCUUUUCUUUGUAUAUGUGUUAUGAGUUUGUGAUGUCUGGCUGGGGUACAGGUUAUUCAUUUCAAUGUGAAAUUGUUGACUAUUCACGGUCACCCACAGCUUUAAGGAUGGCACACACCUGCUGGCUUUAUUACUUCUCCAAAUUUAUUGAGCUGUUAGACACUAUCUUUUUUGUUCUGCGUAAGAAAAAUAGCCAAGUGACUUUCCUUCAUGUCUUCCAUCAUACAAUCAUGCCAUGGACCUGGUGGUUUGGAGUCAAAUUUGCUGCAGGUGGUUUGGGAACAUUCCAUGCCUUUGUAAAUACAGCUGUGCAUGUAGUCAUGUAUUUCUACUAUGGACUUUGUGCAAUGGGACCAGCCUACCAGAAGUAUUUGUGGUGGAAAAAAUAUUUGACAUCUUUACAGCUUGUGCAGUUUGUUAUUGUCACCAUCCACAUAGGCCAGAUAUUUUUCAUGGAGGAUUGCAAGUACCAGUUUCCAGUCUUUCUCUACAUUAUUAUGAGUUAUGGGUUCAUCUUUCUGUUGCUCUUUCUCCACUUUUGGUACCGUGCUUACACCAAGGGUCAGAGAUUGCCUAAAAGUGUAAAUAAUGGAAACURCAAAAACAAACGUCACUAAAAUACAAGCACAGCAUGAUUGAGACUGAUAUCUUGUCUUCCUUGACAAUCAAGAUAUAUUUGCCUAUGCCAUGAUUUUGUAUAUUUUUCAAAACCAAGAGCUUGUAUUUUUUGAUAAGUUAUUGGAGUUUCUGAUAUUUGAGAAUCCAAAGUUCC